AUGUCAAAGAAACGUGUCGCCAAUCAGUUCAGAGAGUUGCAUGAACAUCUCAUGAGGAAGGAACAAUGGCUCAAGAAGAUACUCGAUGAUGAGCUUGACAAGACCACAACAUCAAUCAACAACAUCAUCAAUGAGAUUGUCAACAUCAAUUCGCACUCUACCCGCAACAACAAUGUGAACGACAUCAAUCACCAUGAUGAAGAUGGCGAUGGAGUUGAAAUGAUGAGCACAUUGGUUCAAUCGAUUCAAACAUCCAAGUCAAUGGAUCAAUUCAUCGACAAACAGUUCAAGCUAAGCGAUGAUGAUGUCACGAUUGGUGAUGAUCAACUGUUGGACUUUGUUCAAAGAGCAUCACAAGCCACUCAGGCUGUUCACACUGUCUCCAAACCAAUACAAUUCGAGUUUGAUUCACAUAUGUUGGAGAGAGGUAUCGUGGAGCUCUUUGAUAAAUACAUCUACGAGAGCACACCAACAAGGAUUGAACAUGGCUUCAGGAAUCACAUCUUCUCACUGUGGAAGGACUCAUGUUCGAUUCUCUCAAUGGACACUAAUGAGUGGACUGUGAUCAAUGACAAGUGCACACCAAGAGAAUGCAUAUUCAGAUCGGUUGUGUAUGCACAAGACAACGUCUAUGUGUUUGGCGGCAAAGGAUCACCCAACACAUACUCUCGCUUCUCACUCAUCGAUCAAAAGUGGCACAAUGACCUUGAGAUCAUCGGUGUCGAUGGUGGUGAAUGCAUAUCAACAUGUUACGAUGGUGACAAUCUCAUCUAUCUGGUCGGUGGAUUCCACAAUGGCAAACUAUUUGAUCGAGUUGAUUGUUUCAACAUUGACACUCAACAAUUCUCAUCAGUUGGACGAUUGAGUGUGCCCACCAUUGAUUCACUCUCAUUCGUCCACAUCUAUAGGAUCAUUAUCGUUGGUGGCUAUGUUGAUACUGAGUAUAAAGUGUCACUCACAGACAUCUUGGAAUUCAGCAUUGACACCAAGGAAUGUGACCUAGUGCUCGGGACUGAACUCCUUCCAAAUGAACCCAUCCAUUGUUGUUAUGAUGGCUAUGAUCAUUUGUUCAUGAUGGGCGAUGAGUCCACACUCUUGGUCAACCUGUCUAUUAUGGAGUCAAUACAAACUGGAUGCAAUGAUAGAUACUCAGUGUUGCAAGACCAAUGGAUAUCACUCGAUGACAAUGACCAUGUCGAGUCAAGGGAAUGCUUUGGAAAAUGUCAUAUCUAUAAUUGA